GCAUGUAGUAUUUUGUGGGCACUAUUUAUCUUGUUGAUGUUCUUUGACAUCUCCGCCAAUAUCUGCAUGUCAUUUCCGACGAUCCACUUUCCCCAAUUCGGACAACGACAGCACAGCUGUGUAGCCUCAGCCAUCCAUCUCUCGCACCUCUCUCUCCCUCCAUCACCACAAAAUGGCAAUCACUUCCCUAGGAGAUGAACACGAAGCCUUCACGCAAUGGGCUAUCUCCAAAGGCGUGCAGAUCAAAGGCAUCGCCCCGGCCCAUUUCCCCGGUCGACGUCUUGGCAUGAUCGCCAACAGGACGAUCAAGGAGAAUGAUGUGAUGCUCAGCAUUCCCCGGACAGCAAUGCUAACCAGGGACUCCAUUCCCUCAUCAUUCGUAGAGCAAUUCCCCAAAGACACACCCAACCACGGAAUUCUAGCCGCAUUUCUCACCCACGCAGACAAAGACACUCUACAGGACAUCGACCCCUGGCGCAAAGUAUGGCCCUCCUUCCGCGACUUCCAAGACACCAUCCCCCUCCUAUGGCCGGACCGUCUGCGCACAUCCAGCUCCACAUCAUGGUCCGGUCCCUCAUUACUCCCGCCGUCCAUCUCCGGCCGGUGGAACACGUUCCGCAAGACGCCUGCAGGCGCGGACUACGAGUCGACGUACCAGAAUCUGCUGCCGCAGCAGGAAAAGCGCUUCCGGAAUUCUUGGGAGUGUGUUGUCUCCGCGUUUCCUGGGACUGAUCCUGAUGCGUUCGCGUAUUACUAUCACAUUGUCAACUCGAGGAGCUUUUAUUAUGUUUCUUCGCUGGGCGAGGAGCCUGAGGAUUGGAAUGAUGCGGUGGGGAUGGUUCCUUUUGCGGAUUAUUUUAAUCAUGUGGAUGAUGCGCCCUGCGAUGUUCGUUUCGAUGGGGAGAAGUAUACGUUUAGGGCGACGAGGCAGCAUGAAAAGGGCGAAGAAGUGUAUAUGAGCUACGGACCGCACUCAAAUGACUUCCUACUAGUCGAAUACGGCUUCUGCCUAGACGACAACGAAUCCGACUCUAUCUACCUCGACGACAUUAUCUUCCGCGAGCUCACAUUAUCACAAAAGACAGAACUAGCCUCUCAAGAACUCUUUGGCAACUACGAAAUAACAUCCGCAGGCCCAACAUCCAUAGUUCAAGCAGUCGCCUGUCUAAAAUACAUGCGCAAAGACCCCUGGAGGAAACACCUCCGCGACAAGACAGGCUCCAACCCACCCACCACCGCCCGCAUCAUCAACGGCUGGAUCGAGGCUUAUCUCAAAGAAUGCACCACUACGAUCGGCAUCAUAGAGACUAUGCUUGAUCAGUCUAAGCUACCUUCCCCAGGAUUCACACCCGAGUUCGGCUCCGAACAGUGGGAGCAGGAGAGGCUCGCGAUGCUGCUCUCUAGGUGGAGGCAAAUCGAGCGGUUGUGUGAGAACGCCCGCGCUGCUCUUCUCGGAACAGCUCGUCCUUGAGUUUCAGCGCAACCCUUGCCUUUUCAAGGGAGGGUCGAGAUCAUCGGUGUUUCUCGUGCUUGGGUUUUUCUCCCUCCGCCAUCCUCUUCAAUCUCUAAGAAACCAUUUGAACCGUCGGACCCAUCCUACGUACUGGAGAAUCACGUAAAAAGAAAAACGUUACACGUCAAUAUGGACAACAUGCCUCGAUGGCGUUAGGGAUACACGAACGACAAAGAAAUACUACUUCCUCCAGCUGCAUCCACCACAACAGGAACAGAAUACAGCAAUUUACGACGGACCAGCUACAACACUACAUCUACAUCUACAUCUACACAAAGAUAAGCACAAAUUCGGUAAAACAAAUAUAUACCCUUCAAUAAACAAUCACCAUCUAUCCUAUCCUAUAAAUCAACCCGUCCUAGUCCUAGUAUGUCCAGUCCAUUCCAUUCCACUGCAAUCCAGAUGUAUAAUGCAGGUGCAUGUACCCCUUCCCCCAAAUUC